UCAGCAGAGCCAAUCGUUGAAUUGUCGUUCUGCAAUACUGGAAAUUAAUUGGCUGGAUCUAAAAGUAAGAACCAAUCGAUUGCUCUUUGACAUAUAGGCUUUCAACAUGGCUUCUUGCAUACGUUGAAAAUACAAACAAAACGAGCAGUCUCGUGCCGAACAUAUUAAACUUUUCAAGAAGAAAAUUUGUAGUUCCUAUGUAAAGAUGACCUCGUUUAAUUUAAUGGAAUCAAUUAUCGAUGAGGUUGCUUUGGAAGGAUUAGAUGGCAUUACUUUACAAGCAUUAUGGAUAAGAUUAGCAAACAGAUUUCAUGAUCCAUUGCCACUACCUAAAUCUUUAAUGGAACAAGUAUGGUCAAUCAUUAAAAAAGUGAAAGACUUUUCAUUUUAUGAAUUGGAAACGCCAAGAGAACCACUGGUGAUAUUUGAUCGUUAUGAAUUUGUAGAUCCUUGCCUAGGUAUUAUACUUGAGCCACCAAAUGUUCCACCAGAUAUUUAUCCUCACUGUCCUAUUCAAGAUCCUAAGGCAGGUGUGAGAGGAUCUUGUUCUACAUAUUAUACAAGAAAGGAUAUCAAAAAUAAUGUGAAGAAUGCAGAUCUAGAUGAAGUAACAGAAAAAUAUGGAUUAAGUUUGGUGAUUGUAGCAUCUCAAUUGAUCAGAACACGGGCUUUGAUAAGUGUUGAUGUGAGUCCAACAUUGGAACUGACAAUCAUGCAUUAUUGCUUUUUAGAAAGAGUAGGAAGAGCUCGUUAUCAUGGUGAAGUUACUCAAGGCAAGCUUAGUUUAGCAGCACUCAAAGAGGAUCCAAAAACUUUGUUCUAUCAUCGAAAAUUUCUGCUACAUCACAAAUUAAUUACAAAGCAAAUUCACCAUCAGAAAACUUCCAGCCAUACUGGUAGUAGUAGCCUCUUGCAUCUACCACGUUUUUACGUAGAACGAAAACCAAAAAUGAUUUACUUAGCAGAACAGGUACUUGAUAUUCUAAGAUCCAAAGAAAAUGGUGUAGCUGAGUAUGACGAGAUUAAGAGGAAACUUGGAAUUGAAAAUUCUAUCAAAAAGUUGUUUAGAAAUUCUUUUUUUCAAAAAAUUGCGAAGACGGACAUUUGUGUGCCAUAUAGAACUUUGUAUCCUAACGCGGAGCCUAACGAAUGGCGACAAAAACAGGAUCCUUCAAAAGAGAAAAAGAUUAGAGUGGUACAACUAUUAUAUCCAGAUAUCGAUAUUGUAGAUGUAACAUGGAACAAAUAUGAGAAAGACGAUGAUGAAGAUGUCAUUGAUAUGGAUGUUUCCAAUCAUAAAGUCAAUGUUCCUUACUUGAAGCAAGCAAAUGCUAUUAUCGAAGCGAGUCAACUAGAAGGUGUAUCUCAAGCUUAUUUGGGAAAAGAGAUGGGUCUCACUAAAUUACAAUCUAGAACAUUUUUAAGAAAUAUGGUAAAGAUGGGAAUUAUUGCAAAGUAUAUGAACGACAUGGGUCGACAAAGAAUUACAAAAUAUGUGUCAAAGAAAUUUGAGAAAGGCAGCAAGAUGAGUAAGCAAUUUAAUAAGGAGAUACACAAGAUUAAGGAGCUGACUAAGAGGAUCACCAGUGACAGUGAUUUAAAAAACAAAGCGACCUUGCAAGUGGAAGAUGAAAAGUCUUCCAUAAAUAAUGAUGAUAAACAUGAUCAGACAAUAAACAAUGAUAAUAAAGAUGAUCAGACAAUAAAUAAUGAUGAUAAAGAUGAUCAGACGAGUCAAAGAUCAGAUCAUCAAGUGAAUCAAACCAAUAUUGAUGCACCGAUUGUUAAUGAAAGUGAAGAGAAAAAUAAAGAUAUAGAUUGUAUUAAAAAAAACAUAGAAUUGAAAAAUUAUACCAUUAACAGAAUUAUGCACAAGUAUCAAUUGUCAAUAUCAAAAUAUAAAUCUAAAUAUAAGCGCACAUCGCAGUCCUUAUUAGUAAAGAUGAAGAAUUCUAAUAUUAAUGUGAAAAAACAAAAAGUGAAACCUAAUAUUUCAUCUAUGCAGCAAAUUGCGAAUGCCAAGGCUACAUCAUUUUAUAAUAGCAUAAAGACGAAUCUGACAGCACAAAAACCUGUUCAUACAGAGAAAGGAGUUAAUGAAGUUUUUGGUUUUAUGGAAGCUGUACAAAACAGUGAAAAAAAUACAUCUAAUAUUACAUACAGAUUACUGAGGCGCGCUAACAUGAUCAUCGAGGCAGUGAAGGAGCAUCAAGUGAUCGAUGAUAUAUCGAAACUUACGAAAAUGAUUUGCGAGGAAGAGGAUAAAGAAGGUUAUGAUGUUAAAAUCGACAAGAAAUCUCUCAUAAGAUUAUUGCAAAAACUUGCCAAGGAUAACUUGGUAAAGAAUAUCAAGUUAACUUUGAGCGCGAACGGAAGAACCGAAAGAAACAUGAUGUUUAUUUGCGAUCCAAAUAUCGAUACUGAUCACACCGUAAUUAAAUCGGCCGUCGAGCAAGCGAAGGUCAAGUUUUGUUUAACAUCGUCAUCUCAGAAGGCGAAAAAAGCGAAUAGGCAGGAUAAAGAAGAUAAGACUAAAGAAAAUAUAGUGGACAAGCCAUCAGAUUCUAGGGAGCAAUUACAAGAACUUAACAGGACAAUAUCAAAAAAUACAUUAUUUUCUGUGAAAUACAAGUCUGAUGCUAAAGCUGGCAAACAAUAUGGUCUCAGUCCAAAGUUUAUCAGGAUGCAGACAAUGCACAUUUUGCUGUUUUAUUUAGUAUAUGACCAUCCUGGCAUACCAAAGUUAUCUCAGCAGGAACAGAUAGAAAUUCUUAAAUCUAAUGAUUAUGAAAUUGAUGAUAAUCUCAUUCAGGAGUUUAGCACCAUUUAUAACAUUGAAGUAGGCUGGAAAAUGUUUGUCCCACCUUUGCCUAAACAUAGCGGAUGGCCCGAAGGUUGGGCGCUGAUGUGCGAUGUUCUACUGGGGCUGCCUUUGUCGAUUUUCGUUAAGGUGCAUAACAUCACCUUCAUAAUACCCGAGUUGGAGCACUAUUUGAAUCAUCCGAUCAGGAAGCAUUACCUUGUCAAGAAUCUUCCGGUUACAAUACGGAAUACUCUCUUACAUGCGCGGAAAUAUAUAUUUAAUAUCCAUGAAACUGUAACCAGAUUAUGUUACAUCGGCCUGGUGCAGUUUGGUCCACAGCGACUGAAGGAUAAAGAUCAAGUAUUCAUCUAUCUGAAUCGAUACACAGAAUUGAUGGAUACAACCUCUUCGGCGCCGAACUAUCAUAAGAUCGAAGACAAGAUAUAUCCGGUCACUAAAUACUUUUUCGACCGUAUGCAGGUCGUUGAGAAAUAUUGGUACGAUAUGUGGACUAUUUGUGUUAAUACACCUCUUGGCGAUAGAGCGCCCGUACACGGUAAGGAUAUCCUAGUCGAGGAUCUGAACAAAAAAACUGCCAUGAUAGAAGCGAUUGUAGCACGUACUUCAAAGCAGACCAAGGAAAUGGAUACAGGUGCGGUUCCCGGAGAUCGUAAAGGAGCGGCUGGUAUCGAUUCAGCUUUUUUCGCACAUUUAAAACGUAGUUGGAAUAGGCCAGUUAGUUCUACUAAUCGACAGGCCUCCAAGAAUCAUGAAAAAUUCGGUCAACGAGAUCUGCAUCUUUCAAAGAUUCAAACAAAGCCGGUUAAGUAUACGGAAUAUGAUGGUCUUAAAAAGAUUUCUGGACCACCACCGCCUACUAUUAGCGCGACCGAACUACGGAAAAAGAUGUACGAUCACUUUAACGGGCGGAAGAACGAGGCUUUGCCGUCACAACAAUCGACCAAGCAAAAAUGUAUUGUACGACGAGUGGAGCCACGCAAAAAAAGCACUCGGCGUCAUAAGUACGACGAGUCUGAUUAUCAAGCGCUGCAACGGAUGCCCAAGUUACGUGCGGAUUGGGAAUCGCACGAGGAUAACAUUCUGUUAGUGUGUAAGGUAGCGGCAACGUAUUUAUCAUCGAAUCCGCGCAAGCAGCUCAUCGACUUCAUAGCAGUGCGAGAUGUACUGUGCACAUUUUCCUACAACUCAGACAACAAAACCUCCUGUGCUUGUCAACGCCGAUUAACGUAUAUGCUGAGACAGCCGCGUACAGUGAAUAGCAUCGCACUAGGCGUCGAGGAGAUUAAACAAGAUCUGUUUGUCGAUAGACGAUAUGGUAGCACGAUGGAGAGAUUAAAAAAUGAAUGCGUGAGUUCAGCGGACUAUAAGAAUCGAAUCACGGAGAUUUUCAAAGAGCUUGUCGGCUAUAUCAUUAAAAAGUAUUACGAUAUUACGGAGAUUAAUCCAAAGAAACAUAUAGCGAUGCCGAGGACUGCGCAAGAAUUUAAUCUUCUUUUCGAGUUGAUUUAUCCAGCAAAGCCGCAUCAUAAUCAGGGAUUUACAAAGGAUGUGCGAAGUACAAAUGAUAUUCAUGCAGCGACUAUCAAUUCUCUCAUACAUAGUUCUAUGUGUUGCAAAAAAGAUAGACGCACCUGGGCUUAUCAACUUUUCAAAGUAUACCAACGAUAUCCGGACAUUCUAUUAAGACAGGCGAUGAAUAAGAUCAGAUCAGACCAGAUGGUAACAGUGAAGAAACACCAUUUGGCAUCUGUUAAGAAGUUCGGCAAUUAUAUGCCGACGAGCAGCUCACAGUAUCAGCUAAGCAUCAAUUACAUUCACAAACUCCAAACUAAGUGGCCUUACGAAAUGUUUAAAAAAUCUUACGAUGUUUUUACAAAGUUGCUACAAUGGUAUUCAGAGCACAAAAAUGUCCCUUCACAGCAACAGGAGGAAAUAUUGAAUGGUAUUGAGAUUCUGCCAGUUUCCUGCGGCAUAGUCACUGUCAUACAUGACUUGCUAGGACGCAAUCAAAUUGACUUUGACAUAGAGAUGCCUGAACAGAUUAUUACGUUGGACGCAAGAUAUCAAGGCAAGGACGAGUCUUUUAGGGUUGAGCAAAGAUACCAGGAUAUUUUGACGAGGCUCUAUCGCUUCAAGUUCGAAAACGUUGACGCUCAAAAUGCUGAAUUUUUCGAAUCUGAAAUGGAAUCUUCGAAAGAUUCUUCAACAAGGAAAAGACCAAUUGAAAACGAUGAUUAUGAAAAACUGGCAAAAAUCGCUCGUAGGGAUGAGGAAUGUAAUGAAAGAAAACCAGAGGAAGAAUUUGAACAAAAUAAAAUGUUAAUUGUAACAGAAAGCGGAUCAGUCGAUGAAAGCAUCGGAAAUUUGAAUUUAAAGGAUCAUUCUAGUGUCCAUAAGCAAAAUGAGAAAAAAAUACAUCGUUCAAAAAAGAGAUUUAUCGAUAUUGAAGACGAAUCUAUGGACUACGAAGAGUCAUUUUUGAAAAGAGCAAGAUUAAACUCUGAGAAUUCGACAGAUAUGGAGGAUAUAGAAAAAGACGAAGAAUUAAAUUUAUGCGAGAAUCUUGAAAGCAUUAGAAAGAUAUCUUCAAAGAAAACUCUCGAAUCUCUUGAACCAUUGAGAGAAUUAAAAAACCAAGUAAGAGAAGAAGCUCUUUCGACGCAGCCAAGCACAACGACCAACGUGGCAGUUCCUCGACGUGUCAACGAGAUUAUCAAGAAUGUACCAUCCGAAACAAGCUACUUUAGUCCUUUCAGUAAGCUUAAUGAUACAAAUGACAUUGAGAAGAAAUACACGAGGAUAGCUAUGUUGGGAAUGAGAGAAGGGAUUACAGAAGCUGACAGUCAUCACGCACAUGAAUACUUUGUAGUUAAUAGUUUCAAGAUGUUCUAUAGCUUGGAGACAUCAUCAUUGGCAACAUCAUCUGCAUCAUCAAACGAAAUUGAAAAUUUCAAAAAUUAUUCAAUACCUAGCCAGCUCAUACCACUGAGAAUCGAUGCUGUAAAUGAUCUUCUCAAUAAACUGAAUAGGACUGCAAUUUUUCCAAAGAGCGGUAUCUCUUAUACAGACUAUAAGGAUGAAAUAAUGACGAAGAAGAAAAAAAUACCAGUUGAAUGGAAAUACGUCGACGCAGUGUGCGAAUUUGUUCGAGAGAAGAAAGAAGUCGGCGCUUGUUCACAGGAAUUACAGGAUAAAUUCUUCGAUAAGCAAGGAACGAAUUUGUACAAAGCUGUUUCGCUUUUAAUGGAAAAUCAUAUAUUUUUACGCUCUGGUGUUACCAAUCCACGCUACAUUCAUCAUCGUUACGUGGAUUCUUGGCUAAUUCAUUCCUGCAAAAUAUAUCGUCUUGAGCAGGAGUCUGUAGUGCCGUUUAAGGAUAGCAUAUAUGCCAAAAUGCAACAGGGAGAGACAGUAAAGACAAAUAUUGAAAUUAACGCGAAACAGAAUAAAGAAGAUACAGAAAUAGAUAGUGCGAUACCAUCAACAUCAUCGGAUAGUCAAGGAAAGAACGUAGAAGAAGUCGAGGAAAAGAAAGACGAGAAAGCGGAUAAUGGCUUAAAUAAUGAGGAUGAGGAAAAGGAAGAUAGCGAGAUCAACGAAGAGACACAUGGAAAAAGAAUGCAAAUAACGUGUUUACUUCCGCAAAGGGAUGUGUACAAAUCUGUGGCACAAUUAGAUAGUGCGAUACCAUCAACAUCAUCGGAUAGUCAAGGAAAGAAAGUAGAAGAAGUCGAGGAAAAGAAAGACGAGAAAAUGGAUAAUGGCUUAAGUAAUGAGGAUGAGAAAAAGGAAGACAGCGAGAUCAACGAAGAGACACAUGGAAAAAGAAUGCAUAAGCAAAGAACGUGUUUACUUCCGCAAAGGGAUGUAUACAAAUCUGCGCAACAAUUAGAUUUCACUACGACCGAGGAAAUAAAAGUGGUGAUAAAACCUUGGAUUCGCGUAGACGGCGUAUUGAAUCGCAAAGUGCUAGAUCGAAUGUUAGGUGCAGUUAUGAAUUAUUGUUUACUUCAUCCCGGACUUACCAUGGAAAAGGUGCAAAGUAGAUUCAUCCCAGUCUUACAACCCUUUCAUACGCGUGAAUUAGUUGAGAUAUUGAUUAAACUGGAUUGUUUAGAGAGCAAGCAUUUGAAGAAAACGCGCGUUACUGUAUUUUCUCAGCCAUCUGCGAUUAAAAUUAAUAAUAUAACUGCGGAUAUCAUUGAUUGGUUUGCUGAAGAUGAGAUAGUACUCGAGCCAGCUGUAGAUGCUGUUAUAAAAUUCAGCAUAUUCUUAAGUACGAGAUUAUAUAGUACAGAUUUUAUACCAUAAUUAGACAUAUGUAUUUUAUAGAGUAUAAAGAACGCUUCAUCAAGGCACACAUAUAAUAUAUGUAUGUACACUUUAUAAUGUAUAUACAUGCUUUAUUGAUAAAAUAACAA